AUGACAGAUCAAGAGUAUGUUCUUUGCACGUGGAAGAAGCGUUUAUGGCCAGCAAAGGUUUUGUGCAAAACUGGAGUUGUUGGGGGAACAUCUGCUGCUAAUGCAAAGGAGACUUCAUUUAAAGUUGAAAUAAUUGGCUUGGAAGAACAGGUUAGUGUGGACCCUGCAGAUGCCUUACCCCUGAAGGAGGAAAAUAUAGAGAACAUCGCCUCGAACUUAGAUCAAAGGAAUAAUUUGAGUGAGGUUGUGGAAGAACUGAAAUAUCGCCGUUCUCUGAAAAUUGCCCUGGAUCUUUUGAAGCAAAAUGUCUCAGCCAGACAAGUAGCAGCUUCAGGAGGACCAAGUAUCCCGUUAUCCCAGGAGGACAACGCCGGGUCUCUCUCUACCCCCUUAUGGAGACAUCGAUCUCUCUUUCACUCUAAAGAAAAGUUGGAGCCUGAGACUGCCAAGAAGAAAAGAGAACAAAAAAAUAACCACAGCUUGCAGACUGAUACAAAAAAACCAAACCAGAAAGGUUCUUUCGUUUUGGAGGAGGGUGUUAAAGCAUGUGGAAGGGAAACAAAACCUUCCAGAUAUAGUGCUGGGGACUUGUGCAAUACAUCAGGCUCAGAUAGUCAGAAUGGCAAAAUACCGCAGUCAAAAUCACUCCCAAGCCAGGAGAAAACCAAGCCCAGACUGUUGCCAAAGUCCAAACCUGGAAAUAAUCUCUCUGUUCAGCCCAAGGAGGAAAAAAGUAACCAGGGAAGAAAAAGACAAAGAGGUGCAGGAUCACCAGUGUCGCCUGGGAACGAGCUCCCCAAGGCUCGAGCGCAGCCCCUUGCUGAGGAGGGGUCUCCUCUGUCUGAGUCUGACACAGCGCUGUCUGUCAGAAGGGCAAACACCAGAAGUCAGCCUAGGAGGACGUUACCAGAUUCCUCUUGUAAAAGUGCCUCAGAUGACUUGGAAAAAUGCAUCAGUAGUGAGAGCAAAAGUCUAGUGAAGCAAUUAGGUGGAAAGAAAAAGCCGGAGAGUUUAAAACAGGUUAAUGGAGAACAAGAGAUCAGCACAACUCUGUCCUCGUGCAGCAAAGGGAAACACAGGAAUUGCUCUGAAUCUUCACCUGGGCCUUCUAACCAGGGGACACUUCCUGACAGCUUCCCCUCUCAGCCUACAGAGGAGGAAAAUAAGGAUGUUUCCCACGUGGUCCUGAAUGAAGUAAAGCAGUUUCAGCUGCCUGACUUUGAGGAAGAUGAAGGACUGGAAUCGCCUGACCUGUCUUCAAAGAUAGCUUCCUUGGAGAGUCUCUCUCGUCUCUCAGCUCUGUUAGAUCAAGAGGAGGAGGAUGAAGAACUUCCCAGUAUUUUAUCACAUCAAGAACCACAAUCAAUUGAAGAAGGGAUUUUGGUCUGGUGCAAAUUGCGAAGGUAUCCUUACUGGCCAGCAGUGGUAAAAAGGGUGAAGCGGAAAUGCAGGAAGGCCUGUGUGCUGUUCAUAGAAGGGAACACAAAUGACAAGAAAAAAGGUUUCUCAGUACCUCUUAAGAAUCUGAAGCACUUCGAUUGUGAGGAAAAGCAGGACCUCAUAGAACGAGCCAAAGAAAAUUACCGGCAGGAAAUUGAGUGGUGUGUCCGAUUGAUUUCUGACUAUCGGAUUAGAGUGGGUUGCCAUUCUUUUACGGGAUCCUUCUUGGAAUAUUUUGCUGCUGAUAUCAGCUACCCGGUUAGAAAGGAAGGUUAUCACAGUUUGGUCCAAAUGACCUUUCCAAACGCAGCAGAGGAAGAUGAUGUUGAAGAGUCUCCAUCAGAAACUUCACCUCAGAAGCCUGCCAAGAAACUUCUUCCUGAUAGAACAAGAGCUGCUAGAGACAAAGCAAAUAAAAAGAUAGUGGAGUUUAUAGUGAAGACUAAGGGGGCUGAAGAGCAUCUUUUGUCUAUUUUGAAAAGCAGAAAACCAUCCCGGUGGCUGAAGGAAUUCCUGAAUUCAAGUCAGUACAUGACCUGCGUUGAAACGUAUUUAGAGGAUGAAGAACAAAUAGACCUGGUAGUGAACUACUUGAAGGAAGUGUAUCAUGAAAUAGACACUGAAAAUCUGUAUCACGUAGAGAGAGACAGAAUAAAAUUUAUUUCCGAUGUCCUUUUGCCUGAAGCCAUCAUUUAUGCGAUUUCUGUUGUGGAUGACAUAGAUUACAAGAAGGCAGAAGAGAAAUACAUCAAAGGACCAGCUGUGAGCAAAAGGGAGAGAGAAAUGUUUGAUGAAGAAAUUAUAGAAAGAAAAAAGUGGAAGAGCAAACAAGCAUCUGCAGGCAGCGUCUGA